AUGGGAAAUUUAACCAUUGAUGAACUAUCCGAUGAAUCCGACUUGAGCUCUGCGCCCGCAUCUCCGUGUCUAUCUCCGUGUCCAUCACCACAGCGAUACCCAACGCCUUCAUCCCAGGUGGACGCUGAGCUUGCCGCUGAGGGUUCUGCACGCCAAGCCCGUCCCGCAAAGAGGAGACGCAACCCCCUACCAAAGGAACGGACCACCCAGUAUAUCGAUCUGUCGAAAUGUCUCGAUCAGCAAAAGAACCAGUACGAUCUGCUGGUUCAGACUCUUCGACACCAAAAGGAUAUUGUCGUCAUCGCUGGCGCUGGCAUCUCAACCGCCGCGGGUAUCCCGGACUUUCGGUCCACGGAUGGUCUCUUCAAGUCGUUACAGAAAAAGCAUAACCUCAAAGCAUCUGGGAAACUUCUCUUUGAUGCUGCCGUCUAUCAAGAUGACGCAUUGACGGCGCCUUUCCAUGAAAUGGUCCGGUCGCUGUCGAAGACCAAAACGGAGCCUACCCGCUUCCACAAAAUGCUCGCCCGAUUAGGUACCGAGUCUCGCCUGAAACGACUAUACACACAAAAUAUCGAUGGGAUUGAGACGUCUAUGAACCCGCUGGCGACCGAGGUUCCACUGAGCGUCAAAGGUAGCUGGCCGGUCACCAUUCAACUGCACGGCAGUAUUGAGUGGAUGGUAUGCCAGAAAUGUUGCUACCUCACCGAUUUCCAAGCGGACAUGUUCACGGAAGCCGACCCGCCCGCUUGCACAGAUUGUGCUGUGAACGACCAAAAUCGCAUGGCCUGCGGUCUACGGAGUCAUGGAAUCGGACGGAUGCGCCCGCGCAUAGUCCUCUAUAACGAGCACAACCCCGACGAGGAGGCAAUCGCAUCUGUGAUGAAUGCUGAUAUCAAAUCCCGACCUCGCGUCCUAAUUGUCGCCGGUACCAGUCUGAAGAUCCCUGGAGUCCGUCGCUUGGUCAAAAGCAUGUGCGCAACGAUUCGGAGUCGCAAGGACGGGGUCACGAUGUUCAUCAACAACGAAUUACCGAGCGGCAAAGAAUUCGAUGACUGCUUUGACUUGAUUGUAAAGGGGUCAUGCGAUGAAGUCGCCCACCAAACGAGACUGGAACCGUGGAAUUCAGACGACAAGACGCCGUGCACAUACGACCCCUCGCUCGAGCCGAUUCCCCUACUCAAGAGCUCCCUCAACACCCACGGCCACGAUUCCGAUCUCAACGCUGUUUCCGUUAUUGUCCCACCGAAAAAGAGAUCGCGCAUUGAUAUUCCUCCUAUGUCACCUUCUUCCAGCCAUGAUGAGAAGCCUGCGAAAAAGCCUGCUACAAAAGCCACAAAGGACAAGAUCAAGAAUCCAGCAAGCCAAGGUACCUCUAUCAAAGACGCCAUUGAGAAGACCCAUACCGCCGUUCCCAAGGCCGCUCCCAAGGCAGUUUCUAAGGCCGCUCCCAAAUCUCGUGCCAAGAGGCCUGCCCCCAAGGCAGCUUCCAAAAAGCGUGGCAUGGAACCUACCGUACAGGUCAAGAAAAAUGCCACACUUAAUUCAUUCCACAAUGUCCGCGUCACCAAAACUUCUCAAUCCGCUGGGAUCAUCGGCACAAAAGUCGAUGGCAAAGCUAUGCAACCAGUUCCAGCGGGUGCUUCGAGAAAUAAUGGCCCCAUGCCUUCAAAAGCCGCAGAACAGCUGGUGAAAACAGAUAUGAGCCUCAAUCUUGAGACGAUUCCUCAGGUGGUGGCUUCAUCCUAA